AGAUAAACGCCUAUUCUGAGUCUCCUGCAGAGGAGAUAGAAUCAAGGAUUUCAUUUGGGACAACAAAGAUAGGACUCAACAACAUCCUUAAUAUCUAGGACGCUCAACAAACCAACAACUCUGGGUACCCUUGGAGGCGGCAGAGUCCCACCAACUGGAGGCAGCACUACUAGAAGUCGGAGGCGGCAAAAAGCGUGGGGGCAGCUAAACAAAAUGGAGGUGAAAUGAAGUGCUGGCCUCUACGGCUGCUGGCUUUGCUUCUGGCGGUGGGGGGCGGCGGAACCGGAAGUAGCGGCACCGGAAGUAGUUUUGCCGGAACCGGAAGUGGCGGACUCGGAACCGGAAGUAGUAGUUUUGCGGGAACCGGAAGCGGUGGAACCGGAAGUGGAGCAACCGGAAGUGAGUGCCCCGCUGGUCUAGGAGCAGCAUGUCCGUGCUACAGUUUCGAGGAUGGCAUUUUUGUCGAGUGCCCAUCGCCGACCAAAGCUGUGUUGCACCGUCUGUUGAACGCAUUGCACGAUACGCCUGUACAGUCGCUGAACAUCUACGAUUUGGAUCGUGCACUAACACUGCUCACAAACGACCUGUUUCCGCCUGGCGAUAUCAUCAUCAAGCAUCUACAGAUCAAGCACACCGGCCUCCAAUCCGUCGAGGAAGACGCACUAUCGGCCGUGAAAGCCCACCUGGAGUCCCUAAGCAUCGUCUCAAGCCGCCUGGACCAAAUCCCCCAGAAAGCCCUGGCGGGGCUCACAGGACUCCGCUCAGUUGACUUAGAAGCCAACGAAAUCGCCAACCUACCCAGCUACAGCUUCUACGGCCUUCUCCUAACAAAACUCAACAUGAAAGGCAACGUUCUCCACGGUAUCUCCGAGUAUGCUUUUGCCGGACUUGAACAGACGUUAACGGAGUUAGAUUUGUCGGAGAAUAAGUUGGCUUUCUUCAACAUGGCGUCGUUUCGUAGGUUGGAGAACCUCAGAUCGUUGAGGUUAGCCUGGAACGAGAUCAGUUCAAUACCAGACGACAACUACUCCAAACUCAACAGUCUUUACUUCUUAGAUUUGAGCUCAAAUAACUUUGAAAACCUCCCCAGUGACGCGUUUCGUCCUCUCCCCCAUCUGAAGACUCUCUCCCUGUAUUAUAACUCUUUGGAAACUGUACAUAAAGACGCGUUAAAAUCGUUGACACAACUGGAGACACUGGACUUCAGCCACAACAAAAUUGUGUUCCUGGACGCGGGAACCUUCCGGACCAAUCACCAGCUCCGUACUAUCGAUCUAAGCCACAACCAUGUUCAUUACAUCGGCGGGGUGUUUAGGGACCUCCCCCAACUGCGUGAACUAUUUUUAUCUGAGAACAACAUCCUAGAAAUCCCUUCCGAUGCCUUCACGGACUCCCCUCUACUCACAGUCAUCUACCUCCAACAGAACGCUGUGCGAAGAAUCGACGAAAACGCAUUCUACACACUGAAAGGACUCACCCAGCUGUAUCUGAGUGAAAACUUCAUAGAAUAUGUGCCAAAAUCGUUGUUUAACCACAGCACAAAACUGUCAUCCCUUAGUUUAGACGGGAACUGGAUUGAGAGUCUAGAAUCGGGCACUUUCCAAGGUUUGACCGAGUUGAAAGAACUGAGACUGCAGAGUAACCGGAUAAAAAGGAUUGAUCGUGGAGUUUUCCAAGCUUUACCGGCGUUACUAGAGUUACAUCUACAGAGCAACCUGAUUUCUGUAGUGGAAUCUGGAGCGUUCUAUAGUCUCGACAGUCUCCAACAUGUGGACCUACAAGGGAAUCUGUUAUCCGAGCUGGGAGAAGUGUUCCUACAUGAAGCACCCUCCUUAGUUUCCCUACAACUAGCUUCCAACAGUUUAUCGAAACUACACAACGACUCCCUGAAAGGACAAUCCAGUUUACAGAUAAUCUGGUUAGGACACAACCGGUUGACGAAACUGGAAAAAGCGUUGUUUUCAGAUCUGCUACUUGUUCACAGAGUUUACAUCAACAACAACUCAAUAUCUCAAAUCGAGGAUGGCACGUUUGAACCCAUGCAAGCGUUAACGUUUUUGGAUUUGAGUAUAAACAAGUUGAAGUAUAUCUCGUCGAAAACGUUUUCCGAUCUACAUGAAUUGGAAGAGUUGUAUCUUUCGGCAAACGGGAUAAGACAUAUUGAACCAAAAGCGUUGAUGUCGUUGAAAAAGUUGCGUAUUUUAGAUUUGUCUGAUAAUGAUAUUGUGGUGUUACAUGAUCAGAUGUUCCAAGAGGGUCUACCAAUCCGGUUUUUGAAUCUCAAAAAUUGCUCAAUAGCCAAAGUCGACAAGGGAGCGUUCAAAGGUUUGAACAAUCUCAACGAACUCAACCUAGAAUCUAAUAAGUUGGUUGCGUCAUCACUAGUGCAUCUAAACAUACCAGGACUAAGAGUGUUUAAAGUAGGUGGCAACAAUCUGUCAAAUAUCAACGAGAACACGUUGAAAGGUUUGCCUUCGUUGCAACAGGCGUAUUUGGACGGUAACUACAUUAGACGGUUGCCUGAGAGAACGUUCUACAGUAACAGAGAUCUGUACAAAGUGUCGUUGUCACAGAAUUUCCUCAGAGAAAUCGCAGGGAAUACUUUGACAGGGUUGAAACAGUUGAGGGAGGUCAGGUUGAAUGGGAACUCGUUCCAAACCAUCCCCUACACUGCGCUAUCUAGAACCCCGCAUCUUGAAGUUGUAGUGUUAUCUGAGAACUCUAUAGGAUCAGUGGAUAUGUCAAAACUAACCGUGGUUAAACUGAGGGAGUUGGAUCUACAUAAGAAUAGUGUCUCCUCAUUGUCAGGGUUCGCCUCAUCUAAACUACCCCACCUCACAGAUGUUGACCUGAGUGAAAACUCCCUCACGGCUCUACCUGCCAACUUUUUCCACUCAGCAAGUUCCUUGAGGAGAUUAGAUCUCGCUGAAAACCGGUUCAGGCAGAUCCCGAUCACAGCGCUAUCUGAACAGAACCUCCCCGAACUAGACUGGUUAAACUUAACGGGCAACCCUCUAACCCAGAUCCACGAUUUAGCAACGGUUAAACUGUACCCUUCCUUACAGGAGCUACAUAUCUGUGGAACAAACCUGACAAUUGUGACAAGCAAAGACUUUGAGGCUUUCCCGAAACUCCUCCAUCUUUUCCUAUCCCAAAACCGGAUAUCCAGGGUGUCCCCCGGGGCUUUCAAAAACCUCCCCGAACUACUCACCCUAGAUUUAGGGGUCAACGAGUUGGAACUUCUACCCCAAGAACGUCUCCAAGGGUUGGCUCACCUGAGACUAUUGAACCUUACUAAAAACCGAUUAAAAGAGCUAGAAGAUUUUCCAAUAGAUAUCAAAGGACUACAAGUUUUAGAUUUGUCGUUCAACCAAGUGAGCAAUAUUGGAAAAAGUACGUUCAAGAACUUGAAUAACUUAGCUGAGUUACAUUUGUAUGGAAACUGGAUUUCGUCAGUGGCCAGUGAUAGUUUCAAGGCACUGAAAAAGUUGAGAAUCCUGGAUCUGAGCCGGAACUAUUUGGAGAAUCUUCCACUAAAUGCGUUCCGGCCUUUGGAGACGCAGAUAAGGAGUCUCAGAACCGAAGAAAACCCCCUACACUGCGGCUGCGAGCAACAGGAGGCCUGGGAAUGGUUGCGGGACCACCAGAAACUAGUGGGUUUAGUCGGUCUAAGAUGUGAGCAACCACCAGAACUGAGAGGGUUGCUGUUCUUGGACCUGGAGCCACUGAGACUGUGCUCUGCGCCCCUGGUGUUGCACCUAGCCAUUCAGGACAUCCAGCCGUUCAGUGUGUUGGUGUCCUGGCAGAGCAGGAACCACACUGGUCUCCAUGGGUACAGAGUGGCUUAUCAUGCUGUUGGACAAAAUCAGGCUGUCCGAGGCAAAAUGCUAGACCGGGGAGCGAGGUCUGUCAAGUUGGUACGACUGAGCCCGGCCACCCGUUACCUCAUCUGUGUGCUGGGUCUCGGCUCGUGGGCCGAUCGCAUGCAACACGUCGACACGCAUGCGCACAACCACACACACGACACUCAUCAGCUGACGGCACUGGCUGACUCGCAGACUAGCCGAUGCACUGAGGUGAGUCAAGUUGGCGGACCUAAAUGGAAGCUGUAG